AUGCCCGUGUCUUCAUUUUCGAGAUACCGACAUCGCCUGAAGCCAGACAUCCCCCAGUCUGUGAAGACUUGUGUUUACGAUGACCAUUCCAACGACAGGACAGGAGCAGUUGUCUUCCCCUUGUUUACCAAAGAUUUAUAUCUCUCAGUGUUUCCUGCUCCUCUUAACGCCACAGACAGGAGGAUUGACGACGACAAGGAGGCAGACCCGGGUCAGUUCAUGAAGAUCUUGUGUCCACUAGGAUCCGGGAGGCUGGGCAAGAGCUACACGGCGCACAGAGUCGACAUGACACCUUACUCCAGCACCACUGUCCCCAAGAAGGACAUCAAGCACAUGGUGGUGCUGACCAAGAUGGACGCCAAGCGGGUGGACUACAUGGACAUGGUCAGGGCUGUGGAGCCGUUCACCCUGGCCAGACCGGACAUCUCCCUGUUCCUGUCUAAGGUCCUGCUGACCUUCAGGUCCACUUUGCCGUACAAAGUUGAGUACUACUACAUCGUCAGUGAGUACUUGCACCAAGCGGUGUCCCUGUGCCAUCGACUUCAGCAGCUCGGACGUAUGACAGAGGACCACGCUAAGUUUUACAUUGUGGAACUGAUAGAAGCGGUUGCUAGUGUGCAUAAAUACGGCAAAAUAAUCAGACGUCUGUGCUUGUGCAACCUGGUCAUAGACAACACUGGUCACCUGAAGCUGCUGCCCUACUGCCUGUGUGAGCAGAACCUGGACUGUGGUCAGUCGUGUAACAUGCUGGUCAAGAACUGCGGUGACCAGUUCUAUGCCUCGCCUGAGGUCGUGUUUGGUGUGGACGUCCAGUUUUCUGCAGACUGGUGGUCAGUUGGUGUCAUUCUCUAUCAACUGAUGACUGGCGAGCUACCGUUUACUGGUCGCACGUUGGGAGACCUAGGGAAGUCCAUCACAGAGUGUCCGAUGAUCCCGCCGGACUACGUGUCUGGUGAAGCUGCUGCCUUUUUGAGACACAUGCUCCACAAGGACCCACGGCGUCGGCUGGGCUUCAGUGACUCUCCCACGGCUGGCGACCAGGGCACGAUGAAUGUCAAGGACCAUCCCUUCUUUCAGCGUGUUCUGUGGCGAUCUGUCAGAGGCAUGAUGGAGACUCCGCCCUAUAUCCCCCGCAAAGACAUCCCCUCAGCCUUGGACGUGUUUCGUGAGAAGGUCAAAUCUCUCCCUGUUAAGGGCAACCGACUAGAAAAGCCGUGA